AUGAGCAACCAGCCCCUUCCAUCGUCGUUCGACGGCGACCCCGAGUUCGAGGAAGAGACCCCACUCCAGAAGUUCCGCAGAAGACUCAAGGAAGAGCCCUUGAUCCCGAUAGGAUGUGCCGCCACAUGUUAUGCACUUUACCGUGCCUACCGAUCGAUGAAAGCCGGCGAUUCGGUUGAGAUGAACCGGAUGUUCCGUGCCCGUAUCUAUGCCCAAGGAUUCACGCUUUUAGCCGUCGUUGCCGGAGGCAUGUACUACAAAACAGAGAGAAAGCAACGGAAGGAGUUCGAACAGGCGCUCGAGGAGCGGAAGAGCCAAGAGAAGCGGGAUGCGUGGCUGCGUGAGUUGGAAAUCCGAGACCGGGAGGAUAAGGAAUGGAGGGAGCGUCACGCUGCCAUUGAGGCCGCGGCGAAGGAGGCUGGCAAGAAGCCUUCGGCGGCUCCGGUUCCAGCUCCAGCCCCAGAGCAAGAUGCAGCUCGCUCGUCUCUCGAGCCUUCCGAUGAAAAGUCCAUUGGAGUGUUGAGUGCUGUGAUGGAACUCCUGUCAAGGCGAAAAUGA